GCACACUCACGCGGUCACGCGCGAGCACCGCCACCCCCCGCACCGCGCCCCGCCGAGUCACUCCGCACUCGCGCUCGCACUCGCUAUAGUGGAGUGGAGGAGGCGGCUUCGCUGGCGGCUGAUCUGUUUGCCCCACGACCGCCGCGAGUAGAGCAAGUAAGCUCGCACCGCACCGAAACCGCAGUGCGUUCUCCUUUUCUAGUGUUCGCCCGCCGCCAUCCACACGCCGUGCCGCAGAUCCUAUCUCCCGUCCGCGGCGGCCGAAGCAAUCGGACGAAUUCGUCCCCCCCUGCUUCGCCUCCUCUUCGCUGUGUAGUUUGUGAGCGAUGCGAGCGGAUCGUCUGAUGGCGGAGGGGGGCAAGCGGAUCGACCUGGGGGCGCCGCUCCGGUCGGUGCGCCACGCCGACGCGCUGCCCUACCACAAGGCCGACCUCAACUCCGGCCCCGUCCGCCACCCCGGCGCGGUGCCCUUCGUCUGGGAGCAGCGGCCCGGGCAGCCAAAGAGCGUCCGCACCCGCCGCGCGCCGCCGUCGCCCACGACCGCGUCCCAUCCUCAGCCGCUGGAGCACGGCGUGGAGGAUGAGAUCGACGGGAGCCCAUACCACGACGCCCUCGGGGAGCACUAUGUGGGGAUACUCCAUGGCGUGGACGCGUCCCCCGCCUGUUCCCGGACUGGCGCUCCGGCGCCGGCGCCGGCGCGUGAUGAGAAGAGGGCGCAGGUGGCGGAGGCGGCGGUGUUACAGGCGAAGAAGGAAGUGACGGAGAAGCAGGUGGUGUCCGUGGCGGCGGUACUGCGGAAGGGAGAUGACGACGACGACGAUGAGGAGAGGUUCUCGGACGCGCUCGACACGCUCUCCAGGACGGAGUCCUUCACCGUGAACUGCAGCGUCAGCGGCCUCAGCGGCAUGCCAGAGCCCACCUCCCGUGCCGCCGCCGGCGCCGAGGCAGGCGUACGCGGCAUCAUGAUGGAUAGAUUCCUCCCGGCUGCGCAGGCGGUGGCCAUAGGCUCCCCGCAGUACACCUUCCGGAAGGCCGGGGCAGCCAGCGCCACGAGCAAUUCUGGCCGCGAGCUUGCGCGUGCAGCUGGGUCUAACGCGAGUGGAAGCAGUGGCGAUGAUCCCGGGAGGAGGACGCCCGUCCAGCUCCCCUACCAGCAUUUGCCUCCCAAUUAUUUGUCUUGCAGCUAUCCCAGACGUGAGGAGCAGGAAGAUGAAGACGACGACGAUGACUAUGAUGUGCAUAGCACCCGGGGUUUUGCCUCCAAGGGAUGUGGCUUGCUCCCUAGUCUCUGUGUGAAGGGUUCAUUGUUACUUCUGAAUCCAAUGCCUGCGAUGAAGCGUGGCAAGCCGCGGGGGAAUGGGAGAGUCCGGGAGUUCGCAUCCAAAGGCAGGGGACGAGGGGCGCCGAGUCCGCUUGCCCGGAGCUCACAAAACAAGCAUCUUGGGUGUGCUUCCAACGGGCAGUCCUGGGAGGAUGUAUACAAGCACAAAUUAGAGCAGAAGUAUGUUCGUCCAGGAGAGGAUGGGAGGAGCAAGCUGACAAGUGAAUCAAACCAGCUGACGUUCUGGAGUGACUCGCAGGCGGGCAAUGGGUCUUCACCAUUCCAUCAUUCCGCAGGUGGUGGUAUGUCUCCCUAUUACAGGGAUGUUGUCCUGUCAUCAUCGAGUAAGGCAGAUGAGUCUUUUGGAACAGGGGUAAAAGAAGACAAAAUGAGUAGUAGUAAUGGUUCCAGCUCACUUGGAAGAGACCAUGAUCGUGGUUCAUUGCUUGGAUCAGACCGCAGUAGUUUAAAGGGGUCAAGCUCCAUUAGCUCAGGGCUGGAUAGACCAGUGCAUGUAGAAUCAAUGGAUCACCGUGGAGAUAUUGACUCAGAAACUAGCCACUCGGUUCUGUUACUGGAUUCAAGGACAUCACUGGAUGCUGGUGGGUGUGGCUCUCAGCUUGGAGAACAGAUUGUCGGGAAAAACCCUAUUGGGAAAGGUGAAGAUAAUGAUCCAUUGACAGAAAGGGUCUCUGAAGUUACAGAAUGCACGUUGUUAGCACCUUCUGAAAAGUUAAGAUCAGUGAAUUUGGAUGAUGGGAAAACUUCUGGUCAUCUGGAAGAUAGUAGUGUUUCCAAAAGGGAUAUGCCUUUGCAAUCUCUACUCCCAUUACCAGUCCCAAGAUCACCUUCAGAAUCUUGGCUUUCUCGCACUUUACCAUCCGUAACAAGCAAACCACCAGUGCCAUCUUUUCUUGGAAUUCAAUUGCAGUCGAAGAAACAAACUCCCUGGGCCUCAAUUCAGCCAAAGGAGAAUAAUGUUAAACCUCCUAGGCCACGACAGAUAAGAUUUGCAGAUGUGGUAGAAAGGCCUAAUUCAUUGGAUGCUGAGAUAUGAUGUCUUCCCUCAAGACCAAUAUCUGUUCAUAAUGCCUUGAAGGACAGCACGGCCAUGUAUCUGCCAGCGCCCAAAUUUUCCCUGGAUGCCCCCCUCAGUUUGCUGUCGCAAUCUUGGCUAUUAGCAGCUUUUUUGUAUACCAGUACAUAGGUAAUUGUCGUUGUGCAUGCCAUAUUUGCGUACUCUGUGAACUCAAGGUAAGUUGGCGUUGGCUUAAAUCUGUUGUAAAUCACAUAUCUAUACAGCAUAGCUUCUGUUUGCUUCCUUACAGUCCAUACAUCAUGUAGUACUCUUUAGUCCAUAAAAGGUUGAGUUGAUCAUCAAAUGUAAUUGCAUGUAUCAUAGAAUAAAAUGGCACAAGAAGUCAGGCUUCCAUGCCUUUUUCUCAUGUCAGCUCAAAUGUAUAUCCUCCCUGAGCUUUUUCUCAUGUGAUUCCAGUAAUACUCUCAUUUGUCUUGUCUGGUUCA